AUGGCAGGCGUAGCUGGUGACAACCAGCUCUUCGAGGACUCCUUCACGGUUAUCAACGUUGAUCAGUCUAAGUACGACCGCGUCGCGCGCCUCAAGGCCACCUCAGACGACAACCAGACCCUCAUCUACCUCGACAUCAACACGGAACUCUAUCCUUGCCAAGUGGGCGACCGUCUGGAUUGCGUCUUGGCCAGCUCGCUGAAGACAGAUGGAAGCAAGGAUGACGAGGGCGGCUGGCGAGAUGCCACCAAGGGCGGCAACACCGAGGGUUCGCUCGCCGAUUUAUUCGACUACGUAUGCCACGGCAAGAUCUACAAGUUUGAGGACGGCGCAGACGGCCAAUCACUCAAGGCCUACAUCUCUUUCGGCGGGUUGUUGAUGUCAAUCGAGGGACCGUAUAAGAAGCUUACCCCUCUUCGGGUCGACUACACCUACCUUCUCGUCAAGAAAUGA